AUGCUCGACCCUGAGGCCGUUGACGACCUACUCCUCGCUUGCAGGUAUGGCGACCUCGAAGAUGUCGAGGCUUUCGUGAAGCAACAUGGCCCCACAGCACUGGGCGCUGUUCUCGACGAUAACAAAAACACUGUGUUACAUAUGGUGUCUGCCAACGGGCAUCUCGAAUUGCUCAAGUUUCUCUUGCCAAUCGUGCCCCCAUCACUUUUGGCUGCCCAAAAUAACGCAGGAUCGACACCUCUCCAUUGGGCCGCGCUAAACAACCAUCUCGAGGUUGCCAAAGCUCUCGUCGAAUUCCCUGGAGGUCCAGGAGUCGAUCUUAUCGAUAUAAAAAACGAAGCAGGACGUUCACCUCUCGCCGAUGCUGAAUUCUCAGGUUGGGACGAAGGAGCAAAAUGGCUUGUUGAAGUCAUGAAGCUUGAUCCUGAAGCCAAAGGGCAGGAAACAGACGAUACCGUCGUAGAUGCACAGGACAUCGAAGUCGAAAUCGAGGAUGCCAGCGGCCAGGUCGCCAAAAUCAACAUCUCCAAGGACGGUGCGAAUUCGACCGACUCCUCCAAACCCGCUACCUCAAGUUGA